AUGUAUGGAAGCGGCUACAUGGUCACGCCUCCACUCUCAGGCGGUGCCGCCCUCCCUCCACACCAGCCCCUCCAUCAACAGCAGCAGCAGCAGAUGAUGCAUCCACCAGCACAGCUGCCGCUACAGCAGCAACAACAGCACCUGAACCUGCACCAACAACAGCAACAACAGCACUUCUUCCAACAACAACAGCUGCAGCUGCAGCAUGCUCAACAACUUCAACAUCAGCACCAGCAGCAACAGCACCAGCUGCAGCACGCUCAACAGCAGUACCAACAGCAGCAGCAGCAGCAGCAGCUCCUGGCACAGCAACAGCAGCAGACGCUGGACACCCACCUGCAGUUCGUGGCGGGCCGCUAUCGCGACGUGAUGCGUGUACGCAGCGACGUGCUGAUGCUCCUCAAGGCUGGGCCCUCGCUCUACCCUCACACCGCCGUCGUCGCGCCUGGCAUUCCUCCGUUGCUGCUGGUGAGCGGAACGCUGCCGAUCUCGUACAAGGGCGCCCAGUACAACAUCCCCAUACAGCUCACCAUCCCAGAGGGAUAUCCGCAUUCGCCACCAAUCUGUAGAGUGACGCCAACGGAGACCAUGGUGGUCAAGAGCAACCACAAGCAUGUCGACUCUGGCGGCGUCUGCUACCACCCCUACCUCUCCGGGUGGCGGCCGGAUGUGUGUUCGCUGGUGGGCGCGACAAACGAGCUGAAGGCCAUCUUCGCCGCCGACCCGCCCGUGCGCGCCAAGCCGCCGUCAGCCCCAUCGCUCGCGGGCGCGACCACCACCGCCUUCCUCCCCGCUGCGCCCACCUCUGCCCCGGCCGCGGCCUUCCCACAGAUGACGGCCGCCGUGCCGCCUCCCGCCUACGGCCAGCACCAUGCCGUCACCCCGACGUCGGCCACCGGCAUUCCCGCUGCUGGUCCCGGGUCGUCGCCCGCCGCCUUCCCUGUGGUGCCCCCGCCCGCCUACGGGCACCACCCACAACAGCAGCACGCGCCCUACCCCUCGUCAUCUGCGACGACGCCAACGAGCGUGACCUCGGCCCCGCCGCCGACGGGUGCGAUGAGCGCGCUACAGCAGCCGCAGCGAUCUUCGCAAAGCCAGGCGCGUGACGCGCUGCUGAGCAAGGUGGGACAGCGCUAUAGCGACCUGCGCAAGGCGGUGGAAUUGGAGGCGGAGAAGAAGCGGCUGACGGCCGAGUACAACGAGGUGAAGGACAUGGUGUCGCAGAUCAAACGAUCCAACCGACGGAAGGAAGACGAACAGCUCGACGUGGACGCCGCCACCAACCCGCGCAACCCCAAAGAUCUCACGAUCAUGUCGCUGAAGGCUGAGGACGCGGCCAUGGAGGACACCUUGUACAACAUGAUGCGCGCCCUCACCGAAGAGACCAUCGACGCCACGACCUACCUCAAGCACGUCAGACAGCUCUCGCGCGAGCAGUUCAUGGUGCGAGCGAAGCUCAACAAAGCUCGGCAAACGUGA